GACCGCCCGGGACAGGAGCAUCACCACCGCCGAACCCAGGCCGCAGCAGCAAGCAAGGGAACAUGGCAGCAGAAGUGCUUCCCUUGGCACAAUUAAAACUGCCGUCCGGGCCCAGUCCCGUGACGGCAGAGCAGCGGUAUUGGCGAUCGUUCAAGAACCAGAAAUCGCACACGUCGACGGCGGCAUGGCCCAUCUCCCACAUCAGCUUCCCCUCGACCGUCGCGGGCGGCGCCGUGUCCAGCUCGCUGGUCGCGGCCACAAAACUCAACGACCUAUUCGCCGUUACGUCCGGGCCCCGCGUCGACAUCUUCUCCAUACGCAAGCGCGAGUUGCUCAAGACCAUCGGCCGUUUCGACAGCGAGGCCCACUGCGGCGAGAUCCGGGCUGAUGGCAGGGUGCUAGUUGCGGGCGAGGACUCGGGCAGGAUGCAGGUGUUUGACGUGGGCGGCGGGACAAGAGCCGUGAUACUCAAGACAUGGCAUGUGCACAAGCAGCCCGUGUGGGUGACCAAAUGGUCGCCGACCGAGUUGACCACCCUCAUGAGCGCCAGCGACGACAAGACGGUCUGCCUGUGGGACCUGCCGUCCAACGAGCCCAGCUGCAUGUUCACCGGUCACUCCGACUACGUGCGCAGCGGCGCGUUCAUGCCCGGCGGGAACAGCAGCCUGCUCGUCUCGGGUUCUUACGACGAGACGGUCCGCGUGUGGGAUGCCCGAGCGCCCUCCACCGCCGUCAUGACUUUCAAGCAUGCCGAUCCCGUCGAGGAUGUCCUCCCUCUCCCCUCAGGCACGACGCUCCUUGCCGCCGCGGGCAACGCCAUCUCCGUCCUCGACCUCGUAGCCGCCAAGCCACUCCGCCUCAUCACAAACCACCAAAAGACCGUCACCACCCUCUCCCUGGCCUCCAACGGGCGGCGCGUCGUCAGCGGCAGUUUAGACGGCCACGCCAAGGUAUUCGACACGUCCGACUGGACCGUCGUUGCAGGCUCCAAAUACCCGAGCCCCAUCCUGUCGCUUUCCGUCAUCGCGGCCGGCGCCGCCCAGGAAGACCGGCACCUGGCCGUGGGGAUGCAGUCAGGGGUGCUGUCGCUGCGCACGCGUCUCGCAGGGGCAGCCGCCGAGCGGGCGCGUGACCGCGCAGCAGUAGAAGCGGCGCGCGACAAGGGCACCGAGGCGCUCGCGCGGCUCGACGCGCAAAAGGCCAAGCGCAAGCGCGCCGCCGUGACCAACAAGGCCAUGGAGCUCCUCGGCGAGAGCGUAGACACCGUCAUCCCGACGGCCGACACCAUCACCGGCGGCCGCCGGCGCCGGGUCAAGCUCAAACCCUGGCAGCGCAAUUUCCGACAGGGGCGGUAUGCAGCCGCGCUCGACGAGGUCAUUGACAUGUCUAGCGCCGAGUACCAGCCCGUGACGGCGCUGACGGUGCUCGUGGCGCUGCGGCACCGGUCGGCGCUGCGCGAGGCGCUCGAGGGCCGCGACGAGAUCACCGUUUUGCCGCUGCUCCGGUGGGUGGCCAAGUAUAUGUCUGACCCGCGGUACCUGAGCAUCUGCGUCGACGUGGCGUUUCACCUGCUCGAUUUGUACAGCGAGCACGUGAGCGGCAGCGACGAGCUGGCGGCGCAGUUCCAGGCCCUGCUCGGCAAGGUGUCCAGGGAGGUUGAGAAGGCGCAGAUGGCGAUCCAGACUAAUGGUAUGGUGGAGAGCUUGAUGUUUGGGACUGUGCAGUGACGGGAGGGAGCAGGUUUGGUGCAGGCUAAGGUAUGCGGACUGCCUAUCGUGGGAUCUUGUUGCAUUGCGUCGGCGUUACUUGGUUCAGGCUGGGUGGGUAUACAGGUACAGAAAAGUGAACAAUAUCCUGGGAUGCAUGUACAGUACAAUAUGUGGUUCUACAUGGAAUUAUACCACUUGCAGGAGUCAUACGCCAGAUCUCAAGGAGGUUUUAUUCUUCAGUUGUCUAGCGGAGGCAUCCAACCAAGCAUCCAUACCCGGCU